AUCAGCUCCUCUCCUCUCUCAUCUUCAGGCUUGGAACUGCCGUUCAUGAUGAUGCCCCACCCCCUGAUCCCUGUCAGCCUGCCUCCUGCAUCCGUCACCAUGGCGAUGAGUCAGAUGAACCACCUCAGCACCAUCGCCAAUAUGGCCGCCGCAGCACAGGGACAGAGCCCAUCCCGAAUGGUGACAUCAGUGAUUAAGGAACGGGUCCCCGACAGUCCCUCCCCUGCCCCCUCUUUGGAAGACGGCAGGAGGCCGGGGAGCCGUCCCUCUUCCCAGCGCAGCAGCAGCGUCUCCAGCUCUCCCGCGCACACAGAGAGCUCCUCCGACAGAAUGCCUGUGCAUCACAAUGGACUGUCGAUGAACCAGGCAUUACUGGGCCUGUCUCCCAGCAUCUUACCCGGGCCUAAAGAGGGUGAUCUGGCGACUCACGACAUCGGCCAUGAGGCUAAGAGAAUGCACCUGGAGAAAGAAGAAACCCCCAUGUGCACGCCAACAGCAAGAGACAGCUAUGAUAGGCUCUCGUUGGCAGGUCAGACUUUACCUCCAGGAUUCCCCUCACCCUUCCUCUUCCCUGAUGGCCUGUCAUCUAUAGAGACCCUUCUGACUAACAUACAGGGUUUGCUGAAGGUAGCAAUUGAUAACGCCCGCGCUCAGGAGAAACAAGUGCAGCUGGAGAAGACGGAGCUGAAGAUGGAGCUGUUUAGAGAGCGAGAGCUCCGAGAAACCCUGGAGAAACAACUGGCUGUCGAGCAGAAGAACAGAGCGAUCAUUCAGAAGCGAUUGAAGAAGGAGAAGAAAGCGAAGAGGAAAUUGCAGGAGGCGCUGGAAUACGAGUCAAAACGACGAGAGCAAGUGGAACAAUCCCUGAAACAGACAUCACCCACAGAAAGUCUCAGAUCACUCAAUGACUCGUUGACCCAGGAGAUAGAGACUGACCGCAGCAGUGGCAGAACAGAUGCUGAGAGGACAAUACAAGCAGAUGGAAGACUUUUUCUGAAAACCACAGUGAUGUACUAACACCAUGGCAUUGAAGACUGGCAGUGUGUAUCUUAUGAAGAUUCUCCAGAGUCCCCUCGCAGUGUAAUUUAGUUACAGAAACAGGUCAAUCGCUCAUAGAGGUGCAUCAAGGGUUUAUGCUUGGCCCGAUGUGGAAGACGGAUUGUGUCCAAAUGUAGUAUUAGGACUCUUAUUCUCACUGAUAUAAAUGUUAUAUUAUGCCAGAUGUGGGAUUGGAUACGAUAAGCUGGCGAAGGCGACAAUUUGAGCACAGUAAAUUGUACCAUUCGGUACACUUGGUGGUAAUAUUUACAACAAAUUCACAGCACUGAAGAUUUUUUAUACUGUAUUUAAACCAGCGAGAAAGCUUCGAAAAUUCAAUCUGAUUCAGAGGUUUCAUUUUGUAUAAAAAAAAGAAGAA